ACUUCUUCUUUUACAAUUCUUAUAAUUUCUUCUUCCCUUUUAAGUUCCCACUACGUAUCUCAAUUUGUUAGUUCCAAACAAAACAAGAAGAAGACAUUUAUAAUUCUAAACAUGUCGAGCAGAAGGUCUAGACAGUCGUCAUCACCAUCAUCACCAGGUUCUUCUAGGAUUUCAGAUGAUCAAAUUAUCGAACUUGUUUCCAAGUUGCACCAAUUUCUUCCUGAGAUUCAAACUCGUCGCUCCAACAAGGCAUCAGCAACAAAGGUGCUUCAAGAAACAUGUAACUACAUUCGAAGCUUGAACAGAGAAGUGAAUGACCUUAGUGAUCGACUUUCUCAGUUACUAUCCACAAUAGAUACAGAGAGUCCAGAAGCUGCAAUUAUUCGUAGAUUAAUAAUGUGAUUAAUUAUUUUUAUUUAUUUAUUUACAAGUAUUCUACUAUCCUAGCUGUUUGUUUAAUUUCUUCUUCCUCUAGGCUCUACUACUAGUUAGGUAGGCCAAUCAUGGGUUAGAAUUAAUAUUAAUACUUAACUGAAAUAUAUAUAAGUAUGGCAUCCGAUCCGACGUCCCCCUAGCUA